CAUACCGUAACAUUCACAUUAAAACCACCUAAUAUAUCUUUUUUGAACUACACCAAGGAUAUCCAAUGCCCGACGACGACCAAUUUCGCAAGACCGUGCAAAGAGCAGUCGAAGACAUCAUUUCUAAGCGUCACGACAAAAGUACAUCCCAGAUCGUUAUUGAAGCUGUGA